UUAUUUAAUAAACAUGGACUUACAACGUAGCGAUGCAAUGCUAAUGGAAAUAUUGCAGGAGCAGAAAACAAUCACUGGAUUCUUAGAUAGAGUGUUCGGGUUCUUGAGACGCAAAUUUCUUUGCAGCACAGAUUUUUACCAUACCAAAAGGGAUGCAGCAGACAUAAUUGGGUUUCCCAAAGGAAUGCGAGAUCAGAUACUGUACGGCGCAAUGCUGCGCUAUGACCCGGAGUGUUGGUUGCAAACCAUGACCGCAGAGAGCGGAAUCAGUGGCAGUGGCGAAGAUGCGCCGCCGGCGAUUCAAGAAAUCUCCGUACAAACUGAAGAAAACAGAUCUUCGACAAAGUCAAGUAAGGCUAUCAAAAUUCCCGGUUUCGAGCCUGUUGACUUUAAGAACGGCGCAGCAUUUGAACAUCAUUGCUGGUCUCAAACAUUAAGCGAUUUGGAGAUCCAUGUCCAACUGCCAAGGGAAAUAAAAACCUAUAAACAACUGUGCAUUGAUAUUAAAGCACAGCAAAUCAAGGUGAGCAGCAGAGCAUCACCAGAGCAUGUAAUCUUAGAGGGAUUGCUGAGUCAGCGUAUAAAACACACCGAUGCCCUGUGGUCAAUUGAGGAUGGGAGGCUGCUAAUCAGCUGCGACAAAGCCAAGGAGCGUUGGUGGGAGCGACUCUUCGAUGGAGACGAUGACAUCGACAUAAAGAAACUCGACUGUGAACGCUAUAUAGACGAACUACCACAGGAUUCGCAACUGGCCAUUGAGAAGCUUCGGGUGCAACAAAUGACAGCGGAUCAGCAACAGAGCAGUUUACAGGCCACAGAUCCCGAGCAGGCAAAGACCUUGGAACGCUUACGCAUAGCGUGGGAUGCCGAAGGAUCGCCAUUCAAAGGCCAACCAUUCGAUCCGUCCGUGGUGCGAAUGAGUUAG